GGUGAAGUUUGUAUGUCUGCUGGCAACAGACAGCCGUGAAGACCCUGCGAUAAAUGUAGCAAAAAAGCUACAAAAACGUCUGAAGUCGGAGCAAUUUACCAGUUCGGGAUUGUCGGUCACCGUACAUUAUGGCUGGUGUUGUGGCUAUGGCUUCUGUCAUUGAGGACUUUGACAAGCAGCCUUGCAAGAAAUCUCGGAAAGAUGGUGGCAGCCCUGUUGUUAAAACAAUCACCAACUAUUUUUCUCCCGUGGCCAAGCCUGCAGAGAAGCCCUUCUCUCCUCCACGCUCUAACAACAUCAUGGACUACUUCAGUCGUAAGACACCGGCUUCUAAAGAAAGAACGAGCACGCCCGAACAAGCGAAAGAAAAUUGUAAACAGUCGAUCUCUGCGGGAAAACAGCCAUCUCAAAAACGGGGUGGAAAGUCCAGCCAAGCUGCGAGGAAGCUCGUAGCUGUUGAAACAGUUGAUUCUAUAGAUGACGAAAGCUGCAUUAUCAUAGAAGACUUGUGUGAAAGUAAAAAUUUAGCUACAAAAGUGAGCAACAGUGGUGUACAUGGCAGUGAUACAGCAGCUCUGCUUGCUGAGGUUUGUGCCACAGCAGAAAUAUCGGCACCUAAGACUGAUGAUGCAGAGCAAGGGAUGGAGGUCAAACAUGGUGAUAAUGUUCCUAAAUGUAGAAGCAGUGUUGAGCGUAAAUCAUCCCUCAGUGUUGCUGCAUCAUCUCCGGUUGCCCCUCCAAGAAGUGAAGUAAAACAUGUAAAAAGUUCUCCACGAAAUGCUAAAAAGAAACCCCAAAUGAAGACAAAGCCUUUAGAAGAUGUGGAGAGUGAGAAAGAGAAGGCCAUGUGUGAUGUUAGCAUGGAGGCCAGUCCAGACGAAGAAUCUCCGUUAAACAGCAGCACAGUGACGAUCUCCUUCGAGGACUUUGUGCGGAGUCAGAGUGAAGAAAAGAGUGAUGAAGAAAACACUAAAAUCACAACAAGUGUCGAGGGUAAAGUGGACGGUGAUCAGGUGGACACCGGCAGCGCUGAAGAAAAUGUGGAAAGUGGUGAACCAUCUGUCCAAGUGUCACCUCGAACUGUCACCAUCCAGGCUGAAGUGCAUGUAGUUUCCCCCAAACAAGAAUCCAUUAAGACGGUGGGAAAGUUAGCUUCCAUCUUCAAUCAGAGGAAAAAAACAAAUAGUCCCAUGCAGGUGGUCUCUGCUGACUCGGCAGGACAACAACCUCCUUGUCCGUUUGUCAAACGCAAAUCUAAUGUAGUUCUUCAAGAGGAGGAUCUGGAACUUGCGGAGAUCGAGAGUGAAUCCACUCCGAAGUGUAGCGAAGCAGAGAAGAAGCAGUUCAUGGCGGCUUUCAAACAGCCCAGCACGGACGGAUCGAAAACUAAACCUGUCAAAAGCCAAGUCAAGCAAAAGCAACUUGAGGAGAACGCUGUCGAAGCUGAAGAUAACCCUGCCGUUCCACCAGCAGUAGAUAAAGUUGUUGAAACUCCUAAGGAAAGUCCUGAAACUCCUGCAAAGCCAUCAAGAAGAGGCAGAAACAAAGCCAAAGAGGGAAAAGAGACUGUGACCACCCCGGAUGCCGCUGAUAAGCAAGACGAGCCUACUGUAGCUUCGUCCGUCCAACCUGUGAGGAGAUCCAGACGAGAGACUGCGGGUAGAAAAGAACCUGAGACCAAGCAGCGGAGUGUCAGGACAGCCAGCAAACAGAAUGAAUCAGAGGGUGAUGUUGCCAUCGCUGAGCCUCUGGACAGCCCUGUGACUGUGUCCACCCCAAAGACACGCAAGUCCAAACGGGACGUCUUUGUGGCCGAGAUGAUGUCCCCGCCUGACGCUAAAGGAAGUCCAAUCAGGAUGAAGUUAACUCGAGUAAAGAGAAAGACGGAGGCGAAACUUGCAAGUAACGAAAGCACCCCUUCAAAAACUUCGGAUGAGUCUGAAAAAAGGAAGCAGGCGAAGAGGUUGGUGGAAAAAGCUAAAGUGAUCCAGAGUAAGACAACAUCUUUGGAGGAAAAGAGCACCUUAAGGCGUUCAUCACGAACUGAGGCCUCUGUCAAGAGGAGCUACUGCGAGGACGAGGAUUCAAUCGUUUUCAUUGAUGAAACAACAUCAGAAGAUUCUCAAAAGAAAACAGAAAAGAGUAAAAACCCGAAGCCUUUGCGCAGCCUGAACGACGUUCUCGGCAGAGCGGCAGCGGCUGGAAAAGAGGCCAAAGCUGCUCCAGGCUGUAAAGCCACGGAGAAAGCGGGCCGGAAAGUGCCGGCGGUGAUCUCCAUCUUUGACGACAGCAGCCGUGACGACUCUGAAAACUCCCAGGAUGACGAGCAGUUCAAGGCUCGCAGGGAGUUCCUGAAGAGCGGCCUUCCCGAAUCCUUCAGAAAGCAGAUAGCAAAGACGGCUGCCACCAAGGAGGCGUACUCGCUCUCCUGCUCCUCUUUUCAGCCAGUGACACACACAACGCAACCGCCGAAUGGAGAUUGCCCCUUAUGGAGUCUGCCAUGGCCGGAGUCUUCAUUACUGUGCCAUCUGAAGGACGUCUGGAGUCGAACGUCCGGCCCGUAUCCGUCCGUUAGUGGCUCUCUGUGUGUGAAAACAGAAGCAGCUCGAAGAAAUGGUUCCAAAAGAAGUUCGGGUCCUAGACCAGAGAUUUCUGAAAGUGUUCGUCAGCUUCUGAUGGAGGAGCUGCGAACCUCAAACCCUCAGUUCCCUGCAGAGAUGUUCAUGACUCGCUUCCAGAAGAGACGCUCCGACUAUCAGCAGCAGCAGAAAGCCUCCGAGACUGUAAUCGGAGUGAAGAGCACCCCACCGCCAGCCGAGCCAGCGUGUGGGAAGAGGAAACGGAGGAACGAUGAACAGGAAAAUACAGCAAAGGUGGCGAAGAAACUGCGGUCCAAUCAUUUAGAGAACGUCUCUGCAGCCGAGGCCGAGCCACCAAAACGAGGACGCUCAAGGAGAACUCGGAAAACCGAGGAGGAGAACGUUAAAGCUGCUCCCAUCCCGGCUGAUGAAGACUCCGUGGUCAUUCUGGACGACUGCGUUGUGAUAGACGCUGCUGAAAAGAAAGAUGAGGUGAAGGAGGACGUGUUGUGGACCGACAAAUAUCAGCCGCAGCUCUCCACAGACAUUGUAGACAACACCGCCUCCGUGAAGAGGCUACACAGUUGGCUGAAGGAAUGGAAACUCCGUGCCGACCGAGAAGAGAGAAAAAAGCAGAAAGACAAGAAACAAGAGGAAGACAGCAGUGACGUAGAGUGGGACUGUGCAGAAGAGGACGGAGAAGACACGCUGUGCAACACCAUGAUCCUCACUGGACCCACCGGAGUUGGAAAGACCGCCGCCGUCUACGCCUGUGCCCAGGAGCUCGGCUUCAAGGUGUUUGAGGUGAACGCCUCCUCCCAGCGGAGCGGCCGCCUCAUCCUGUCCCAGUUGAAAGAAGCUACUCAGUCACACCAGGUGGACGGUCAGGGCGUCGGCGCCCACAAACCUUCCUAUUUCAACAGCUACGGCAGCAGCAGCGGCUCCGCCAGGCCCGGAUCCUCUCCGAGAAAGAAUAACUCCCCUCGCAGGGCGGCGUCCUCUCCCCGGAAACCUCCCCAGUCCCCAAGAGGCACCAAAAGAGGAGCCCUGGCACCAACCUCUUUAGCUUCUUACUUCUUCAAAAUGGGUCAACCCAACAACAAGGAGUCAACUUCCACCGCUAAAAAUCAACAACCUGCCGCCUCCAAAAAAGUCACGAAAGCCAGCGAGGGCAGUAAGAAGCAGAGAAACACUUCAGCAGCAGCAGCCGCCGCCCUGGUGGAGAAACACAACGAAGAACCGAACAAGAAAACUGCAACUUCGCUCAUUUUGUUUGAAGAAGUCGAUGUGAUUUUUGACGAUGACUUCGGUUUUCUCGCUGCCAUCAAGACAUUCAUGGCCACGACGAAGAGGCCAGUCAUCCUCACCACCAGCGAUCCUGCUUUCAACACCAUGUUUGAUGGGAGUUUUGAAGAACUCCAUUUUAAAACGCCUUCAGUGCCGAACGUCGGCAGCUACCUGCAGCUGUUGUGUCUGGCUGAAGACAUGAGGACAGAGCCGUCGGACGUCAGCGCUCUGCUCAGGCUGAACGGCUGCGACGUCCGGCAGACUUUACUGCAGCUGCAGUUCUGGACUCGCAGCAGCGAGACGAGGCCCUCGGUGCAAACGGGCGGAAAUGCAGAAUUACACCCAGAGAAUAAAGAGGAAUCUUUACAGUCUCCCGCUGUGCCUUUCACCUCACCUCAAUACAACGCCUCCUGCACUGAGAGUAAGCUGGGCCUGCUGAAUGUAGAACCAGACAGACACGUCUGGGAGCUGCUCCAGCAGGACUCCAGCCUUGUGGAUGACGCGGCAUGCUGGGAGCUUCUGACCAACAGCAAACGGCGAGGAGUCGACCUCCUCUAUUCCAACAUGGAGCGCCUUCUCCCUCUACCUCUCACACGGCUGAGCGCCUCGACCCGCAAAGCAGGAGAGUCUGCUGCUGAACCAAACGACUGUUCAGCGAAACAGGAGGCGUCUGCUUGCCUGCAGUCCACUGCCAGCCUGUUGCAAACGGCAGAAGCGAGCGAUUGCUCCGACAGCAGCAGUCCCAUUAAAGUGUCUCACAGGAUGAGAAAAAAGAGGCGGCACUGUACCCCGGACCAGGGUGGGCCCCACUCGGACUCGGAGGAAAGAUUUCUCUCUCUGAACAAACCAUCAGGCUCCGAUGAGGCAAAGGAGAAGGUCGCUGAGAGUUCACUUCCAGAAAGUGUGAAGAGGAAGCCGCCGACUCCUGAAGAACGCGCAAAAAGUGUCCCCGUCUCACAGUGUCUCCGGUCCUUGGCUGAAUUCUUUGACAACAUGUCCUACAUGGACUCCUGCUUGGUUUCCCUCCCGGGAGAAGGUGACGCUCACAGACGAGCGUCGCCUGUCAGUGUGGUCUUCAAAGACGGGAUGGCCGAUGAGUCGCGAGACGAGGCUGACGGAGGCGGCUGCUGGACAGACUGUUCUCUGGAGAUCCACUCGGCCGCGGAGGCGCUGAGCUUUCAGCGGUGCCGCGCUUCGGUGACGGAGGCCUGGGAAAGAACCCAGGAACUAGAAGCCGGGCUGAGAACAGAGGCUGCAGCAGAGCUCAGCCUCCCUGUGGCCGCUCAUCAACAAGGUUACAGUUUCUUCCAAGACGGGCCCUGUCCGCCACAGCUGGUGCAGCAGAGGAGGGAAGUGAUGGAAACGCUGGCAUAUCGAGGAGUGUUUGCUUCUCCUUUCAACAGAGCGGCGGCGGCUCUGGACUAUCUGCCGGUCAUACGCUCCAUCUGUCGGUCUGAGCAGCUCAAGGAGCAAGGCAAAGUGAAGCGGAGAUUCCUGCACUACCUGGAUGUGAUCCACAUGGCUCUGGAGAAGAGCACUCUGCAGCUGCUCGCUCAAGACUUCCCAUAACGGACAGAGGACGCUGGACAUGUCUUCACGGUCACACUAACUAUAAAUAAAUCAUUUUAAAAACCCAGAAGCUUCUGAUUUUAGAAUGUACAUUUAUUGCUGACAGUGACAAACCAGCGUUGCCUUUCCUUUUACGAACCUCCUAUGAAUUGUACACAAAGAAAGGACACAUGUUGGACACAGACUGAUGUAAAAGUGAAGGCAGACGAUGUUUAAGGACACACAAAACAACCUCACGUUAUCUGAGAUCUGAAGUUCUCUGAGUUAACUUUGCUUUCUUUUUUAUAUAAUUUUUGUAACACGACAUUGGCUUAAGUGAGGGGGGGUUUGUACAGUACUAUUUUGUAGCUUUGCUUGUUGGUGUUUUGUACAACAUUCGCUUUUCAGGAGCAGUGGGGGUUUAAUAACUUUGUGAUACUCGUGUAAAAUAGAUUUCUUUGUAAAGUUUGUACUCAUCAUUCUGGAUGUUUCUCUGCACACACUUAAAUAUCUGACUACUGCUUUUUUUUAAGCCAACCUCUGCAGUAUUGGUCAACCCUGUCACUUUCACAAUCAUCACGAUAUUUUUAAUUUCCUUAAUGAUUUUUUUUUCACCUUUUAUAUGUAUGUAGACACUGUUUAGAGUGUGGCUUACUGUUGCUGAAUAAAGGUUUAUCACAACUGAUAUGUAAUCAAACUCCU